UAUCUGCCCAGUCUCUUUCUGGCCUCCCCACAGUGCUGGCCUCUGCCUCCAUCUCAGCCACACAUGUCUAGCCUCCAGGCUCUGUGCUCUGGCCUGCCCCUGCGGCCCCUCCCAAAGAACCGAGGACGCCAGGCUGGGGUGCCCCAUGCCCCAGUCAGGACCCCUGGCCUCAGCCCUGCAGAGAAGCAGCUGGCACUGAGGAACGCCCUGCGCUACUUCCCCCCAGAUGUCCAGAACAUGCUGGCCCCAGAAUUUGCCCAGGAGCUGCAACUGUAUGGGCACAUCUACAUGUACCGGUUUUGCCCUGACAUUGAAAUGAGGGCCUACCCGGUUGAGCAGUACCCCUGCCGGACAAAAGCGGCUGCCGCCAUCAUGCACAUGAUCAUGAACAACCUGGACCCUGCCGUAGCCCAGGCCCUUCCCGGGCCCUCAUCUCAGAUGACCCCACGUCUUCCUCAGUUUCCCCAGGAGCUGGUGACCUACGGAGGAAAUGGGCAGGUGUUCAGCAACUGGGCUCAGUUCUGGCUGACCAUGUUCUACUUGUCGAAGAUAACAGAGGAGCAGACUUUGGUCAUGUACAGCGGGCACCCACUCGGCCUCUUCCCCAGCAGCCGCAGCGCCCCACGGCUCAUCAUCACCAAUGGGAUGGUCAUUCCCAACUACUCCUCCCGGACGGAGUAUGAGAAGCUCUUUGCCUUGGGGGUUACAAUGUAUGGCCAGAUGACAGCAGGUAGCUACUGCUACAUUGGUCCCCAGGGAAUCGUCCACGGCACUGUGCUCACCAUGUUGAAUGCUGCACGUCGGUACCUGGGCAUCGAGGAUUUGGCUGGGAAGGUCUUUGUCACCUCUGGGCUCGGUGGAAUGAGUGGGGCUCAGGCCAAGGCCGCAGUCAUUGUGGGGUGCAUUGGCGUGAUAGCAGAGGUGGAUAAAGCUGCCCUUGAGAAACGCCACAAGCAGGGCUGGCUGAUGGAAGUGACUGACAGCUUGGACCAAUGCAUCAAGAGGCUCAGGGAGGCACGGAAGAAAAAGGAGGUGCUCAGCCUUGGUUACCAUGGCAAUGUGGUGGCUCUUUGGGAGCGCCUGGUCCGUGAAUUGGACACAACAGGGGAGUGCUUGGUGGACCUGGGGUCAGAUCAGACGUCCUGCCACAACCCGUUCAAUGGCGGCUACUACCCUGUGCAGCUCAGCUUCACAGAGGCCCAGAGCCUCAUGGCCUCCAACCCUGCUGUGUUCAAGGACCUGGUCCAGGAAAGCCUGAGGAGGCAAGUCUCAGCCAUCAACAGGUUGGCAGAAAAGAACUUCUUCUUCUGGGACUAUGGCAACGCCUUCCUCUUGGAGGCCCAGAGAGCAGGAGCAGAUGUGGAGAAGAAAGGCGCCUGCAGGACGGAGUUCCGCUACCCUUCCUACGUGCAGCACAUCAUGGGGGACAUAUUCUCCCAGGGAUUUGGGCCUUUCCGCUGGGUCUGCACAUCGGGGGACCCCCAGGACCUGGCAGUCACAGACGAACUGGCCACAUCUGUGCUGGAGGAAGCCAUUGCUGAUGGAGUGAAGGCGUCUGUGAAGCUGCAGUACAUGGACAACAUCCGCUGGAUCCGGGAGGCCGCCAGGCACCGGCUGGUGGUGGGCUCCCAGGCAAGGAUCCUGUACUCGGACCAGAAGGGCCGCGUGGCCAUUGCUGUGGCCAUUAACCAGGCCAUCGCCCGGGGGAGGAUCAAGGCGCCGGUGGUCCUGAGCCGAGACCACCAUGACGUGAGCGGCACUGACAGCCCCUUUAGGGAGACCUCCAACAUUUACGACGGCUCUGCCUUCUGUGCAGACAUGGCCGUGCAGAACUUCGUGGGAGACGCCUGUCGCGGAGCCACCUGGGUCGCCCUUCACAACGGAGGGGGUGUGGGCUGGGGUGAGGUGAUCAACGGGGGAUUCGGCCUUGUCCUGGAUGGGACCCCGGAGGCAGAGCAGAGAGCCAGGCUGAUGCUCAGCUGGGAUGUCUCCAAUGGCGUGGCCCGGCGCUGCUGGUCAGGGAACCGGAAGGCCUAUGAGAUCAUCUGCCAGACCAUGCAGGAGAAUAGCGGCUUGGUGGUGACACUGCCCCACGAUGUGGGGGAUGAGCAGGUGCUGCAGCAGGCCCUGCAGCUCUGAGGGAGCCGACAGCUGCAACCCCUGCCUCCCUUCCUCCCCAGCAUCCUCACCUGCCCAACCACGGUGCACACCCUUCCUGCACACCUGCACCGCCUGCACUUCUGACACAGCCUCACAUGACCCUCAUGGUGCCCUGCACAGGGUGCCACCACAGCCUGAUUUUACAGACAGCCCGCUGAGGCCCAGAGACGUGCAGCCUUCUGUCCACAACCAUGCUGCUUGCCUGGGAGCCCUGAGGGCUGUGAAUGUUUGUUCAGGGCCAAGUCUCAAGCCUGCCUGGGGGCCCUGAUGUGAACACUAGCUGAGCAUUCCCUGGCCAGGAUGAUCACACCCUCUGCCUCCUGGCUGCCUGCCAGCCUCCCCAAAGCUCUGUCUGUCUGCUGCCCAUCUGCUGUCUGUACAAGCACUUUCUGGACCCUUGGUGCCCUGGGCUGCUGGUCUGGAGGAGUCCAGGAAGGAGGACAGACCUGGAAAUAAAGGGUUCAACAGA